AUGACUCGCCUUGUCAUCGAUCAGCCCGAUGGUGGAAGUAUCACCCGCAGCCCAUCUAACCCACCUACUCCAGGCGUGGUAGAGCCAAAAGAAAUCUUUUCUGACCAACAGGGGCCUAGAAGAUCAUCACUAGCGGCCCCGUCACGUAUCCAACGAGGUGGAAAACGUCGACCUUUGAUGGUUGGACGUCGCAAGUCGUCGCAACCAGCCAUCCCCAAGACUGCUUUAACCAACAAAAAACAAAACGCAGGUACCAAAGCCUCGGGGGCCAUGGAGGAGAUCUUCGAUGCCGACGAUGAUAUAACUCCAGAGCCAGCAACUCCAAAGAGCACCGCGCGUAAGACUCGUGAUGCGACCUGGGCUGAUCUAGACCAUGAUCAACCCUUCAUAGAUUUUCCAGUCACCCUUACCCCGGCAGCAGCCAGUAUUUUGACCGACGGAAAACACCCAGCUAGUACCCCCUCCAUCACCAUCACUCCUGCCGGAGUACUCCCGAUGUCCGAAUCCCAGGACACUAUGAAACCCCAAAGAAUUCAGACAGUUAGUGAUGAAACUCAAUCCAACCAGAUCAAAGACAGUCAAACUGAACCCAUGGACAACAGUUCAUCUGAAAACAGAUCCGAUUUUCGUCCCAAACCUGUACAAAGCACCCCCGUCCCCGGAAACAAAGACGCGUACACAGUUCCCAUGGCCCACAAAACGAUGGACGAACUCUUGGAGAUAAUCACCAAUACCACGCCUCUGGAUGUGCAUAACUGUGCUCCAGAUCUCCCACUGCAUCUCUUCGACCAUGCAUGGCACCCGCUCCCGCGCCUCAAUUACCCCUUCGACCACAUGAUCGAGGGCUCCCAUGUUCUAAGCCGCGGCCGCCAUUAG